AGGGACGAUAACUCUGAAUGUCUCGUGAUGGGAGGUUUCCGAUAUAUAUAUUUAUUGAGGAAGUAUGUUGAACACAUUAUGAGUUAAAAUGAGUGAACAAACAGACAUCUCAAGUACGGGUGAUCUAGCUAAUGAAGAUGCUAGCCGGACUCCUGAAGUAAAUGAAAGUGUGACGGGGGACGCAACUGAGAAUAUAACACUGUCUGAUGAAGGAACAAAUAGUCAUGGGGGCACAACUCAGAAGACAACCUCUUCAACUGACAAAAAUGAAGCUGAUGAGAAAUUAACGUCAGAAGAUAACAGUGAGGUGGAGAUGGCGAAUGCUGCAGAAGAUUUAUUUUCUAAUGAAAUUGAUCAGUCUGACGUUACAGCUGGUGGUGACUUCCAAGUUGGUUCCGUUGACCCCGUCAGUGCUGAAGUGAUAGACAAACUGUCCAAUGGAUUCGUGCAGAAAUUCCUACCAAAGUUGGAGAAGGCCCAGCUGUCAUUGAAAGAAGUUCUAGAUAACCAACAGAUACUCAUAGAAAGUGUGGAGCAGGAGAAGGAGAAGUUUGCGGAGUGCACCGCCAUGGAGGAAGUCAACAACACGAUGAUUAAGGCGAGACAGUACUGCACUAAGCUUGUUGCCUUGAAGAAAGAAAUGAUUACACUCCAUGAAAAGUCAGUCAAAUUAAAGAAACGUGCUGUGAAGCUGCAACAACAGAAACAGAAAGAAGAGUUACAGCGAGCCGCGCAGAUUGAGAGAGAACACGAGAAAGAGAGAAUGCUAAACGCCAGGAUCGCCAAAAAGCGGUCCGACUCAUGACCUGUGUUACAUGUAUCUUUAAAGACACGAUCACGUGGCAGUUCAUCUUCUAAAUGUGUGUUGUUGAAUAUUGACAUCCACAUAGCAAAAAAUCAAAGUUUCUUUGCUUUAACAACACGACUAGAACAUACUGAUUUAUUAAUCAUCAGCUAUUAGGCAGUAAAACGCUUGCUUGAUGCACAGUUGGUCUGGGAUCGAUCCCCAUUGGGCUAUUUCAUUUUCCAGCCAAUACACUACGACUUGUAUAU